AUGUAUGGCUACUCCAUUGCAUUUAUUCUUCUUCUCCCCUCGACUCUGUGCACCAUUUUCUUGUUCAUAAAAUGGUUUGCCUCUAUAAAACCCCUCAAAAACCCUCCACCAUCGCCCCCAAAACUUCCAAUAAUUGGAAAUCUACACCAACUCGGCCUAAGCCCCCACAAAAUUCUCCGUUCUUUGUCCGAUAAACAUGGGCCCUUGAUGCUUCUGCAUCUGGGCAGCGUGCCCUUCCUCGUAAUCUCAUCACCUGAUGCGGCUAAGGAAGUGUUCAAAACCCAUGAUCAAAUCUUCUCAAACAGGCCUAAAUCGAGCGUCGCUAGUGCGAUUUACGACUGCAAAGAUGUCGCCUUUUCUCCGUAUGGUGAGUAUUGGAGGCAAGCUAAGAGCGUUUGCGUUAAUCAGCUGUUGAGCAGUAGAAAGGUUCAGUCUUUUAGAAAUGUCAGGGAGGAAGAGGUUUUUCUUGUGGUGAACAAGAUUAGAAAAUCGUGUUAUCCCGAGAGAGAAGUGAUCGAUUUGAGUGAGAUUUUUGCUUCGCUGACGAGCGAUAUAAUUUGUCGGGUGGCUUUGGGGAGGAAGUAUGAUGAUAGGAAGUUCAAGGAGAUUGUGGAGACAUUAGGGGUGUAUUUGGGUGCUUUUAAUGUGGGGGAGUUCAUUCCAUGGCUUGUUUGGGUCGACUAUUUCAAUGGGAUGAAGGGUAAAGUUAGGAUGAUUGCUAAAGAAAUCGAUGAUUUUUUGGAGGAUGUGGUGAGAGAGCAUAUGAUGCUUGGGAGGAGAGAGGAAGUGGAUGAGAAUAAUGAUUUUGUGAAUGUUUUGCUUGAGAUGCAAAGGAAUGAGGGAAGUGGGUUUGCUCUAGAUGCCAUCUCCACUAAAGCUCUCAUCUUGGACAUGUUUGCUGCUGGAACUGAUACAACCUACACACUUAUCGAGUGGGCACUGUCCGAGCUCAUAAGACACGAUAACGUCAUGAGAAAACUGAAAAAUGAGCUGAAAAACAUAGCAGGACACAAUUCAUCCAUAACCGAAGAUGACUUAGACAAAUGCCAAUACUUGAAAGCGGUUGUGAAAGAGACCUUGCGCAUGCACCCCCCACUCCCACUGCUCGUCCCUCGAGAAACAACCCAAGAUGUGAAACUGUUAAGUUACGACAUCUCGUCAGGCACCCGCGUGGUCAUCAACGUGUGGGCCAUUGGCAGAGACCCGUCAUUAUGGGCCGAGCCCGAAAACUUUUGGCCCGAGAGAUUCUUACAUGAUUCGGUGGGUUUAAAAGGGCAGUUUCAGUUUAUUCCGUUUGGCGGAGGUCGAAGGAUGUGCCCCGGGGCCUCUUUUGCUAUGGUUAUAGUCGAGCUUGUGCUGGCGAACUUGGCACUUAAUUUUGAGUUUGAGUUACCAGGCGGGCUGAAAGGAGAGAAUCUGGAUAUGUCGGAGGGUGAAGGAAUUACGAUCCAUCGAAAAUUUCCUCUCAGAGUUAUUGCUAACUAUGAGUCUUAA